AUGGGAAGCACCGAACCCGAGCUCAUUGUGGCCAGUGUGGCCCUCGUCAUCUCCUUCGUCGCCCUAACGGCCACCUUUAUGCAAGUGCUCCAGCAAUACUAUGCUUCUGCAUCCGGCUACUCGCAGUGUAAUCAAGAGGUCAUGGGGGCAUGGGCAAAGUCCAAGUCCCGCCGCUUUUCCUGGGAGGAGCUGCGGUUUGUCGUGCAGUUCGACGCUCCGGUCAUCUUUGUCUCGCCCCCAAGCAAUACCAAGGGGCCCAUUUCCAACGCGCCCAUUUUCUUCCUCGACGGCACGCCCAAGAGUCGCAACGAGACGGGAACGCGCGAGAGGGGGGACGAACCGGUAACGAGACAGACUCCUGGUAACACCAUCAUCUUAUCGCCCAAGGAUGGCAAACCCACCGAGGCCAACGAGAGGAUUCAAACGGCCGACCACGAGCGAGCCUCGUGGCUUGUUCUGCUGUACAACGUCCAACGGAUGGAGGCCGAAUCCUGCAAGUGGCAGAAGGAUCAGUACGCUGCUCAUGGGCCGCCCAACCCGGCGUCGGAGAAAUACGGAUUGAUGCGCGCUCCGCCGCCUCUUCGAGAAUGCCAUACCUUGACGGUAGCUGUCCAGCGGAAGCGCAAGAGCUGGGACACGAUGCCAGCCUCUGUUUCCCGACCCUAUGCCACCACCACCAUGUGCCACCUCGUCGAGACCAUGGCCGCCCUCGGCGUGUAUUGGAAGGAGUUUGACCGCAGUCGCGAUCGAUACCGCGCCGAAGGCAACGGCUUCAUGGUCUUGGGCGAGAGGGUGAGCAACCUAGGCCUCAUGUUCUCUUUCCAAGUAUACGGCCAGUGCACCUUUGAGCGGAAUCGCGUCAUCCCGGUCGACGAGGUCAAGGAACUCUGCUUCGGCUUCGUCCCGACCAUCUACCGUGAGUCUUCGGACCCAAGACGGCUGGCGGCGCCUAGCGACGAGCUCCGGGACCUCGGCUCCCUGCAAAUGGCCACCAAGAGUGAGAUUGCGCAGACGCUUGUGGUCAUUGGUUGCAACAAGAACUCUGUCCAACACUUCUUGGACGACAACGGCAAGACGGCCCAUCUCUUUCCCAUGUCUUUUGAGAUUGUGGGCAUGCUUGCUCGCACAUUCCACAUUGACGAUAGCUACUUUACAUACCUUCCGAAUCCGACUCCUGAUCGCUGGGAUGAGAUGUCUCUGUCCCUCGUCAAGAUCAUGCAGUCGUACGGGACGCUGUUAGGAGCUGAACCAGUCGAGAUGACGCGAAAUGGCGUCAUUUAUCGUCGCGUUAAGGAUCAUGUUGAUGAGAUCUUGAGACAUCAACGCGAUGAUGUCGUUGGGCGGCUUCUUCUCCUGAAAACGCUGCAUGCUGCCCUUGCUGAUGCCGACGAGAUCUUGACACAGCGUCGGCGCGAGGUGGUCCGAGAUGUGCUCCGAUCCCACUUCCAAGAGGUUUUGCGACUACUCAACGAACGUGACGAUAGGGGCUUUGACACUCAGUCUCUGCUUUUGACGGGCGUGCGGCCGGUCUCCCCCGUUGGAUUCCGGCAGGUUGAUUUGCCAGCUGACUUGCCGAGCUUUGAAGAGAUCAACGAGGCAAGCCCGGACGACCGACAACACAAGUUUAUGCAAGUGUACUUUGAGGUUAUACGGCCGCAUGUGCCUCGGCACCGCAGAGCGAGCGAUCCCAGCGCUCCCGCAGGCUACGGCCUGAGAGCCCGGGGGACGGGCGGGACGCAGGCCAGUGUGGCCGCAUGGACCGAUCCAGGAACGGUAGCGCCGAGUGCCGUCCCGGUCUCUCCAAGCGCCUUCUCCAGCGGGUUGGAUGGGGCGUCGAACAGUCGGCUGCUGCGGAACGAGGUGGUUGUUGAAGGCAACGAAGGCGAUGAGACGGACGAGGAACAUGCGGGUCAAGACAUGGAGAAUCUCGGCGGGCAAGAGCAAUGCGCAGAGCCGAUGUCGCUGGCGAAUGAGCCUGCGUCACACGACGACAUUUGGUGCGUGCUGGUUUUCAGGAUGAUUUGCUGGCUGAUGCUACACGAUUUCCACCGGGAGGACCUUCAGGUGAGCAAGAGCGAGUUGCUGGGUAGCCGGAUGCCUGUGUACAUUGCUUGA